UAUGUGUCAAACACAUGUUUUGAUAUCACACUGCCAUAGGUAUGUUUCAUCUCAUGCCAAUAUUAAUUUUAUGUCUCAUAUGAAUUGAGUUUGAUGACCUUAUUGAUUUUUCACACAGUCUAUGCAGCCAGAGGUACAGUGAUCUGCGAAUGGCUUGUCAUGAUGGAUUACGAGUAAAUGUACUAGUAUCCAAGCAAUAAAGUGGGAGAGAAAAAAUCCAGGACUGGAGAAAAAGGAUGAAGUUAGAUCCCCAGUAUUUCUACUCAGAAGUGUUUAUGUGUAAGCCAUGAUGGCUGUUGUUUCUACAUUGAUAUCACACCUUGCGCUAGAUCAGAUUUUCUUCAGUGGUGAUAUAAAAACAACUACGGUGGCAAUAGCGAUCACAGGAUCAUUGUGUUGUUCCAUCGUAUGGCUUAUUGUGCAUUUGCUGGUCACCAUCAACCCAGAGUCUACUACAUUUAGAGCAAGGCGGAAAAGCAAAGGAGAUUCAGUUGCAUCAUUCCACAUAAAGAGAGCCAGUAGUCUGCAAAAUAGAAAGAAUCUUCAAAAACAAAGUUCAAGUCAAAGGAAACACUUGAGGCAGGUCCUACACCGGGACAGUCUCAGUGUUAUCUGCAUAAGUUGUGGUCUUAAUGAGGCUCACUGGACAUGCCGGCUGGUACUGUGUGAAACUUGCUGCCUUUCCAGUAAAUAUACUACCUGUGACUUGGGGCUGGCAGACAUUGAUGCCAGAGUCAAAGUAAGCAACCAUGAUGUGAAGAAACCUAAAGAAAUUGACUUAAGUUAUUUUCAACUGACUUCUUGUCCAAGUAGAAUAGGAUAUGUGGGAGCCCAGCUAAUUGUUUUGAAUCUGUCCAACAACUGUUUGUCCGACCUUCCCAAAGAGAUUGGAUUUCUAUUAGGCCUAGAGGAGCUGUACUUACAAUACAAUGGUUUGAAGGAAUUGCCA